AUUAUUAGAGAGAAAGAGAGAGAGAGAGAGAGAGAAAAUACGAUGGAGAAGUGUGUGAGAGAGAGAAAGAGGAUUAUAAACGAAGUUAUACACCUUGGAACGUUACAAAAAUUACCAACAAGGAAACUUUCAUCAUAUAAAAUUAUUAUGUAAUAAUUGUCCAUAAGUCUUGAACUGUCGAAAUAAACUAAUAAUGAAAAGAACAUAUUAGUUUUUAUAAAAUUUUGUUUCACUUUUAAAAAGCUAUCAAUUUCGCGCGCUUGCGCAUAACACAUAUUGUCAUAUAUUUGUAUUAAGUUUGAUCAAGGUAGUAUUUAAAUGUCAAAGGCGGUAGAAGACUAAUGUUUAUGUCACGUUUGUUUAUAAUUCAUAUGUUUUAUUAAAAAUGUCUUUAUGCUGUAGUUAUACUCCAGAUUAUUUUUCUAUAAAUGAUAUUUUAGCAACAGAAGAACGAAUAUUAUGUACAAUCGAUAUUACAUUACCUGGUUUAGGUUUCUUGGAUAUUUCUAAUGAUUCAGAAGAUUUAAAACAAGGAACAAAGUUGGAAUUUCCUAUUUGGUUAUCACAUCCUCUCAGUGUCAUACAAGGAUCACUCAUCAGCAUAGAAUUACCAAAAAUAUAUAAGGAUAAUUAUAGAGAAAUUCUUCAAGCAGAUGCCUGUGCAGUAUCGUUGAGCAAAUGGAAUCCUUAUUUCUAUGAGGUAGGAAUGUAUUUAAGAACUUUCAAUAUUCGAGAAAGUGAGAAAUUAACAGAAAAUUUGUUCGAGACUUUUAAAUCUAGAUUUAGAUUAAUCAUGGAUUGGGCACAAAAUCCUAUUUCGGAUCUGACGUUAGGUAGUCAGCUUCCGAGAUUGGAAAGAGAUUUGUUUUUAAUUAGUAGAAAAGCUAAAGUACAAUUAAAUGAUUGGUUAAAAAAAGGUACAGGUAUUAUAGAAACAUCGGAGGUGGCUGCAAAUCUUAAGAAACGUAAACGCACUGAUUAUGAAUAAAAAUAAUUAUAGUGAAUUAAGAUAAUAAUAAUCAUAAUUUCACGUGUAUUGUAUACAUAAGGAUUUUAAUUUUAGUCGUACUAAAAAAAAGAAAAAAAAGACUUUUAUACUGUUAUAAUAUUAAUAAAAUCUCUUAUAAACCCCUUGCACUAUGAUUUAACAUGCAUGUCAAAUUUGGUGCUAUAUUUAAUUCUUCUUAUUGUUGUUGAACGUAUCACAAGUCUCAAAUGUUAUAGUGCAAGGGAUUUAUACUUUUAAUCCUUAAGUUUUAUAUAUAUAUAUUUUUCUAUAACAAUAGAUAUGCAAAUAAA